UCAAGGUGGAGAUGGCGGCAGCAAAAGUUCAGUCCCAGCACAGGCUCCCCAUAGUCCUCUUCAUCUCCCUCUUGGCCCUGCAGUGUGCCCUAAUUGAAAAUGCAGAUGUUGUGAAGGUGAUUCAGGAACCACCAUUUGCCAGCAAACCGAACGGCGAGACCCUGAGAAUGACCUGUGCUAUCAAUCAAGAUUAUUACAAUAUAUACUGGUACCGCCAACUCCCUGGGCAGACAGAACUACACCAACUUGGGACUUUCCCAUCUUCUACUGAAGACCUGCAAGAGAAGUCAGAAGGCAAGCUGAAGGAUCGGCUGAGUGGCAAGCGGACCAAUAAUAAUGCCUCUUUGAACCUGGGAAGUCUGGAGUCUGAGGACACAGGACUCUAUCUCUGUGCUGCUAAAGCCACAGUGACUCCUGCAGGAACAAGGCUAGCACAAAAUAGAGAGUCGGACAAAAGUAUGCUUCUCACUUCUGCUACUGAUUGCACAUGCUCUCAGCUUCAUGCACAAGCAGCAUCAUUUCCCAACACCUGCAGCCAAUCCAUCCUCUACAUUCAGGCUGCACUAGCAAAACAAAAUCAUGCCCACAGCUUGCCAAGGCAAACCAACAUCAUAUAGAGGCUUUCAGUUACAGUGCCCCCUCUGGCUUCAUAGCAGACCAUACACAGUAAGUUAGGCUGCAGCUGUUGCAUAUCCCAACACCCCUUCUCAACAGUUGAAGCAUUAGCCCACUAAGUUCAUUACCCUUGACAGCCUACAAUACCUCUCUCUGACCAAAGGCUUUGUAAGAAUGUCCACCAUCAUGUUCUCAGUUGGACAAUACUGCAGGUCUAUGAGUCCUUGUUUGUAUAAGUCUUUCAGGAAGUGGUGUUUCACAUCUAUAUGCUUGGUUCUAGGAAUAACUCUCUCAAUCAGUGCAAGUGCAA